UUCAGAGGAGCUGCGCUGGGAGUGGUGAUGGAGCCGCGGGAGCUGCCCGUGGAGGUGAUCACUCACAUCCUAAACUUCCUGCCCAUCCCUGACAGGAAAGAGGCCUCUCUGGUGAGCCGCAGCUGGUACUUCGCAGCCUGGGACUCCUUGCGGCAGGAGGAGAGCAUUUUCUACAACAUCCCCGCUACCUCUGCUUCACUCGGGACCAUCAAAAGCCUGUCCCAGAGACAGGUUUGCAGCAUCCAGAUAACAAACCUGGACAGCUCCUCCAUUUCCCGAGAGGUCAUCAAGUAUGUGGCCAGUUACCUGGGGCCCCACCUGCGUCUCUUGUGCUUGCAGGGGAGUAGCAUCACAGAGGCCUCUUUUGAGGAGCUCCUCCUCGCCUGCCCUUGCUUGACUGCCUUGGAUCUGAGUGGCUGCAACAGCCUCUUCAUGCCAGGGACUCUGCUUUCGAAAAAAGAGACCUUCCUCCAAGCUCAAAAGGUCCUAGCUAACCUGCAAGACCUUAAUCUUUCCGGUGUGCGCUACCUGUCCGACCUCACCUUUAACCGAUUGACCGGCUGCACACCAAAGCUAGCCAGUCUGGCCCUUGCCCGCUGCCACAUAACCUUCGAGUUUGACUCUUACCACGGCUCCAGGAACUACAACUCCUCGGCCCUCCUGUCCUUUCGCAACCUCCUGCGUUUCUUGACGGAGAGGGCCAGCAGCAUGAAAGCACUGGACCUGAGCGGCACCAGCAUCUCCAUCCAAGCCAUGAAGUCCCUUGUCCAAGUGGAGAACCUGUGCUUGCAGGAGAUGGUGCUCCAGGGAUGCCGGGACCUCUCCAACGAGGCCAUCGGCACCUUGUGUCAGCACCAGCCUCGCUUGGCCACACUGGACCUGAGUGGCUGCUCCGAACUGACCGACCGGGCAAUUCUGACCCUCUGCUCCCAACUCCCAGCCCUUCAGUGCCUGAGGCUGGGGAAACUCCCUCGGGUAACUGAUGCUGGCUUCCAGGGAGUCUCGCAUCUGAGGCGCCUCCAAAGGCUCAAUGUGUCCGAAUGCAGCCUCGUGAGUUCCAGUGAGCUGGUGAAAGCUCUCGGUGCAAUUGAGGGGCUGCCGAAACUGGUCUCACUGAACGUUGCCUUCUGCACUUUGCUGAAAGACAGCUCUGUUAUAUCACUGGCCAGUGCUCUAAGCAGAAGCCUACAAGUAUUGGAUCUCUCUUCCUGUGUGUCCCUCACCGACAGAAGCAUCCAAGCCAUCUCUACCCACCUCUUGAACCUAACCGUCUUGCGUUUGGCGUGGUGCAAGGAACUAACGGACUGGGGCCUUCUGGGGGUUGAGCAGCCCAAAGAGGCACGUGAUCGCUCCAGGGAGGUGAGAGAAUUCCCCCCACCCACCCCAAACGCCCAGAAGGAUGCUGGUCCGAAGUUCAGCAGGAAUUUUGGGAACAUGGGAUUCUUCCUGCCACCUCCACAGGAUCUGGCGCAGGACACUCCGAUCUCCAUUGACCUCACAAAACAGGAGGGCCAGCAGAAGCAGCGGGCCUCUUUGAACACCCUGACCCGCCUGCAAGAGCUUGACCUGACUGCCUGUGGGAAGCUGACGGACACGAGCAUAGCCAAGGUCAUCAGCUUCCCUGAGCUCCGCCGCUUGUCCCUCAGCCUCGUGCCCAACAUCACAGACACAAGCCUCAUCUCCAUCGCUCGCAACUGCCGCUCCCUGGAGCACCUCUCGCUAAGCCACUGCGUGAACUUGACUGACAGAGGGUUUGUGGAGACCGCCAGCAACCUGCGCAGGCUUCAGCACCUCAUUCUUCCGGGCUGCAACCAGCUCUCUGCACUGACCCUGAAGGCCGUCGGACGGGAGUGCCGGCAGCUGAAGUGUUUGGACAUCUCCAUGUGCAGCGGGAUCAGCAUCUCUGACGUUGAACUAUUCCAGUCACACCUGCCGCUGCAGAUGAGUAUCCACUCUCGAUUCGUGGGUGGAGCAGAUCUUUCUGUCACUCUCUGAAAGAGAGUCUUAGAUGAACGAACUGGCUCCACCCUUGGCUGGGGCAGGUUGCCUCGAAAAACAGCUCCUGCCCAGUCAUCUUAACGCUCCAGGGCCUGCCCUGUGAUAAUGGCUGCGGGAGGAAUGGGGUAGCCAAAGUAAGCCAAGUUGCUGCCAUUAAGCACAGCUGCACCACUGCUGGUGGCAGGUGUGUGGGGGUGUACAACAGUCUUCCUCACCACCACCACCCGCCUCUCCCUGAUGAGCAGGGCUACCAUCCUGCACAAGCUGAGGGCCUGGUUGGCCCCGGUAAAUACCUGCAGCGGGAUAAAUCCUGCAUUUAAUGGAAAUGGAGCCCAGCAGCAUAACAGCUAAUGUUAAUGUAACCGCUGACACAGCCGCUGAGAAGCAGCAGUCCUUUGAGCUCCUGUGAUGUCUCUACUGCCAGUGGAAU